GCCGCACGCCCAAUUCGGAACCCCACAAAAAACACUGCUAUUAAAUUACAAAAUCCAGAAGGGAAUCGAUUUCUUUGGUUAUUCUACACGAAGGAUUUUAAUCAAUUUUCUUCUGAGACCAGCUGACCCCACUUGAGAGAAGGUGAUAAACUUGAGUUUCUCAAGUCGGUUUUAUUCACUUCCAGAGUUCGAUCCAUUGAAGAAUCAAGUUUGGCUGAACUGGGUUCAGUUCAAUUCAUUGUUUUUUUCGUAAUUCAUGUUGCUGGAUAGAGAGCGAGCGAUAAAAUUGAGUUUCAGUUUAUGGGUUUUGUUUGAUUUGAGAGAUUGGUUAAUUCAGCUGAAUUGGGUUUCAAUUCAAACCAACGAUUUCUCAGCUCUUCUUGCUGUUAUGAGUUGCUUGAAUUUGUAUAUGUAAAUAGAAAGUGCGCGAUAAGAUUGAGUUUCAUUUUUUGGGUUCUAUCCAAUUGAGAGUUCGAUUCAUUGGGACUAAAGUUUAGCUGAAUUGGGUUUCAGUUCCUAUUCGUUGUUUUGUUUUGUUUAGUUGAUUGAAUCAAUAGAGAGAAAUGGAAGUGGAUCUGAGUGAGGAGAUUGAAGCCAAAGGUGGCAUAUGGGCUUUGGAGCAGAAGAUUGACCAGCCCAUGGAUGAAGAGGCUGGUAGGCUCAAGAAUAUGUAUAGAGAAAAGAAAUUCUCUGUUAUAUUGCUUCUCCGUCUUGCAUUUCAAAGUCUUGGAGUUGUCUAUGGGGAUUUGGGAACUUCUCCAUUAUACGUAUUCUACAAUACAUUUCCUAAAGGAAUCGAUGAUGCGGAGGAUGUUAUUGGAGCCCUUUCUCUGAUCAUAUACUCUCUUACCCUUGUCCCGCUCAUUAAAUAUGUUUUCAUCGUCUGUCGGGCAAAUGACAAUGGACAAGGUGGAACGUUCGCUCUUUACUCGUUAUUGUGUCGGCAUGCAAAAGUUAACACAAUUCCUAAUCAACAUCGAACUGAUGAAGAUUUGACGACUUAUAGUCGUAGCACAAUCCAUAAGCAAUCGUUUGCUGCAAAAACAAAGAGAUGGUUGGAAGCACAUGCAUUUAAAAAGAAUGCUCUUCUUUUAAUUGUCCUUGUUGGCACCUGCAUGGUGAUUGGAGAUGGUAUUCUAACUCCUGCUAUUUCAGUUUUAUCAGCUUCUGGUGGUAUAAAGAUCGACCACCCUAGAAUGAGUAAUGAUGUUGUAAUACUUGUUUCAGUUAUCAUACUAUUAGGCUUGUUUAGCCUGCAACAUUAUGGUCCAGAUAAAGUUGGAUGGCUCUUUGCUCCAAUUGUAUUGCUUUGGUUUCUUUUAAUUGGAGGAAUUGGAAUUUUCAACAUCUGCAAACAUGAUCGAGGGGUAUUGCGGGCUUUCUCGCCUGUAUAUAUAUUUCACUACUUUAGAAGGCGAGGAAAAAGUGGUUGGACUUCCCUUGGAGGGAUCAUGCUCAGCAUCACAGGGACAGAGGCACUAUUUGCAGACCUUGCCCAUUUCCCCGUUUCGGCAAUCCAACUUGCGUUUACAGUUAUCGUGUUCCCUUGCCUUCUUCUUGCUUAUUGUGGACAAGCAGCCUACCUCAUGAAGAACAAGGAACACGUGUACGAUGCCUUUUACCGCUCUAUACCAGACACUAUAUACUGGCCGAUGUUUGUUGUUGCAACUUUAGCUGCCAUUGUCGCAAGUCAAGCUACUAUAUCGGCCACGUUUUCGAUAAUUAAGCAGGCAAACGCACUCGGAUGCUUUCCUCGAGUCAAAGUUGUUCAUACGUCGAAGAAAUUUCUUGGGCAGAUAUACGUUCCGGAUAUCAAUUGGAUCCUUAUGGUUCUUUGCAUCGUUGUAACUGUUGGAUUCAAAAACCAAAGCCAAAUCGGGAACGCUUAUGGCACGGCGGUUGUCGUAGUCAUGCUGGUGACGACAUUCCUAAUGAUCUUAAUUAUGCUACUCGUCUGGCGGUGCCAUUGGAUUCUCGUCUCGAUCUUCACCGCAUUGUCACUAGUGGUCGAGUGCACCUACUUUUCGGCUGUCCUCUUCAAAAUCAACCAAGGCGGGUGGGUCCCACUCGUGAUCGCCGGCGUCUUCCUUCUUAUCAUGUAUAUUUGGCAUUACGGCACCGUGAAACGGUACGAGUUCGAAAUGCACAGCAAAAUCUCGAUGGCAUGGAUUCUUGGUCUCGGUCCAAGUCUCGGUUUAGUCCGUGUUCCCGGGGUCGGACUCGUGUACACCGAGCUAGCAAGUGGGGUCCCACAUAUCUUCUCCCAUCUGAUAACCAACUUACCGGCCGUCCAUUCAGUGGUCGUUUUUGUGUGCGUUAAGUAUCUUCCGGUUUACAUGGUCCCCGAAGACGAACGGUUUCUCGUGAAACGAAUCGGUCCGAAAAACUUCCACAUGUUCAGAAUCGUUGCGAGAUACGGGUACAAAGAUCUUCUAAAAAAAGACGACGAAUUCGAGAAAAAACUAUUUGAUAAUCUUUUCUUGUUCAUAAGACUGGAAUCGAUGAUGGAAGGGUGCUCGGAUUCCGACGAGUAUAGCCUGUACGGAUCCAACCAGCAAACUUCACGUUCCAUGAACGACUUCCGGUCGCUGGAGAACGAUACGUUUUCGUCCGAAAUUGAUUUGAUCGUGGCGGAAAACGAGGGAUCCGGGAAGGGCAGCGGUUCGACGGAGGUGGAUGAAGCGGAGUUUCUGAUGAGUUGCAGGGCGGCCGGAGUGGUGCAUAUAAUGGGGAACACGGUGGUGACCGCCCGGCGGGGAUCGAGGUUUUAUAAGAAGAUAUCGAUCGAUUAUAUAUAUGCGUUUAUGAGGAAGAUUUGUAGGGAGCAUAGUGUUAUAUUUAACGUUCCUCAUGAGACCCUUUUGAAUGUUGGGCAGGUGUUUUAUGUAUGAAUUAUUGAAUUUAUUCUAUC